AUUCUGAGAAGAAGGAAGUUGGGGUGAAAAGAAAAGGAAGCGGAAUGAUGGCUGUAACUCAGAACAGAAGUUAUGCUGAGGUGGUAAAAGGAACACAAGAGAAGGAGAUGGCAGGGGAUCAGAGCAUACAAAGCAUGGUCAUCCGAAACAGAAGUAGAAGUAAUGACAGAGAAAAUAAGAAGCAUGAAGGGCAAGACAAGCAUAGGAGACUCAAAGAUAGUAGUAGACACGAGCACCGGCAAACUGCUAAUAGGAAAAUAUGGAAAGAAAGAGGAAGGGGAGAAACCUGGGCAGGUAUGGAGUUCAAAAUCAAACCGGAGGAGUAUGCUUGGCUCGAAGGCAACUAUGUUGGAAUAGUGCAUUAUGUGGAGAUGGUUCGCAAUCUACAAGAAAAAUUCUAUAUGGAGGGGUACUUUUCUUGUCAAAUUCGAGCAAUGGGAGGCAAAAUGGUUCUGUUAACUGGGCAAGACAAGGAGGAAGUGAAGGACUUAGUUGAAAUGGCAACAGAUUGGCUAAGGCAAUGGUUCGAAGAAGUGAAACCGUGGUCAUCACAAAUGACAACAAAUGAGAGAUUUGCGUGGAUUAGGUGUCAAGGAGCACCAGUUAAUGUCUGGGGAAGUGAAUUCUUUUCAACUAUGGGUAGCACAUGGGGAAAAUUUAUGUGCUUGGAUAACAGUACAAGCAAGAAGGAAAGAUUUGACAUUGCUAGAUUUUUUAUUUCUACUUCAAUAAUGGAGACAAUCAAAGUUACAAGGGAAGUAAAAAUCAAUGGAAGCAUAUUCAAGCUGAAAUUUACAGAAGAGGAAUUCACCAAUUGUUUUUUCUCUUUGAAGCAUGAUUUUAUGCCUUCCUUUAAUAGUGACUCCGAAGAUAAUGAAACAUGGUCCACCGGAACGGAGUCGGAGAUGCAGGAUGAGGAAGAUGAAAGGAGGGAAAAGGAGGUUCAAGCCGGGUGCUCAAUUGAUGAAGAUGAUGAUGUCAUAGGACGUAGGAGAGAUAAAGAAAGAAGAAAUGUAGUUCAAACCAGCAAGAAAGUAGGGGAUUCUACAGAAACCGUUGGUGACAACCUGGAGAAAAUUCAAAUUUCAAAUGCAAUUGUAAGAAGCAGGUGGACAAACGGAGUGGCUACAGGACAGACGGUGCAGGGCUCAUUUUCGGAAAGGAGAGAAUCAAAAUCAGAAGAAAAUAUUCACAAAAUGAAGCCCAGUAAUCAGUCAGUGCUGGAGGAGAUCAACUCAAAAAAUGGAAGAAGGAAGAUCAGAAGGUGUAGCUCGGUGUACAUCCAACCCAGAAACAGUGAGGCAACGACGGGGAAAAAAAGAGGAAGAAAGAAGAAGAACAUGCAGCAGAUGGAGGAGAGAUCAAUUCCAAUCUUCAUGCCGAACCAAGAUGGGAAGGUUGCUGGAGAUUCAGUAGGGGACAGUGAGAUACAUAAUUGCAACAGGGCAUUGAAGAAACAAUGGCAAAACCAACUUGCAAAGGAGAUAUGGGACUUGGCAACGCAGCUUGGAGCGGUGGCAAAGAAUGACAAUGAUGUGGUUCAACGAAUUGAGGAGAUGGAGGCUAGAGACCAAAGCGCAAAAAGGAUUAUGGCAAACCGAGAGGUUGAAGUCGGUGGGAAGGUCGACUGGGGUCCAAAACCGUUCAGAUUUUUUGAUGCUUGGUUGGAACAACCAAGAUGCAAGGAGGUGAUUACAAGUGCAUGGUGUGACAACGAAGUGGAGGGGUGGAAUGGAUUUAAAAUAAAAGAAAAACUGAAAAGAACAAAGAAGGCACUAAAGGAGAGGAGUGGCAAAACCAACAGGGAGAUGGAUGGAAGAAUAAAGAAAGCAGAGCGAGUGAUCGCUUUAGUUGAUGAGAAAGGAGAGCAGCACCAGUUGACAGAAAACGAUAUUGAAUUGAGGAGGAACAGUUUUAUUGAAUUGUGGAAGUACUUAAAAAUCAAGGAGAGGAUGAGUCAACAAAAAGCAAGAAAGCUAUGGCUGAAGGAAGGUGACGUGAAUACAAAAUUCUUCCAUAGAAGCAUCAAGGGAAGAUGGAGCAGGAACGAAAUCAAUAGUAUCCGAAUAAAUGGGGAACAACAUAUAGGAGUGGAAGUAAUAAAGCGAGAGAUUGCUAAGUACUUCCAAGAAUUGUUUACAGAAGAAAAAUGGAGGAGACCAAAGCUAGAUGGAAUACACUUUAGGCAGAUCACAAAGACUGAUAAUGAGUUCCUCACGACUACUUUCUCAAAACAGGAGAUUAAAGAAGCAAUAUGGAACUGUGAUCCAUCCAAAUCCCCAAGACCAGAUGGAUUCAACUUCAAAUUCAUCAUGACAAUGUGGGAUGUUAUAAAAACUGAUAUAUUCAACUUUGUUUGGGAGUUCCAACAACAUGGCAACCUGGUCAAAGGGUCAAAUGCCUCCUUUAUUGUGCUAAUUCCUAAGACAGAAAAUGCACAAGCAAUUGAGGAAUUUAGACCCAUCUCCCUAAUAGGAAUGGCGUUUAUUGAAGGAAGGCACUUAGUGGAGGGAGCAGUGAUUGCAAAUGAGAUUAUUGAUGAAGUUAAGAGGAAAAAGAAAAAGGGAUUUUUAUUUAAAGUCAAUUUCGAGAAAGCCUACGACAAGGAGUGCUUGAAAUCGAGCUCGGUGCCUAUUCUAAUCAAUGGCAGCCCAACAAACCAAUUCUCGGUUAAUAAAGGCAUCCGUCAAGGAGAUCCAUUAUCCCCGUUUUUGUUCUUGAUAGUGGCAGAAGGAUUGAAUGGACUAGUGGCAUCAGCAGUGGAGAAAGAGAAGUACAAAGGAGUGGUAAUUGGGAGCGGAGAUGUGAUGGUCACGCACCUUCAAUUCGCGGAUGACACAAUUUUCUUCGAAGACGAAACGGAAGACAAUAUCUGGGUGAUCAAAUGUAUUAUGCGGACGUUCAAGUUAACCUUAGGGUUGAAGAUUAAUUUCAGAAAGAGCCAGUUGAUUGGUGUGGGAGUUUAUCAAAAUUGGUGUGCUAAAAUGGCAUAUCAAUUGUGCUGCAAGGAAGGGAAAUUGCCAUUUAGGAAAGCGAAAGGUGGGUUAGGAGUGAAGGACUUGAGGAAAUUCAAUUUGGCAUUGAUGGGUAAAUGGUGGGGAAGGCUAGCAGAAAAUGGGGAGGGCAUAUGGAAAAAAAUUAUUGUGGAGAAGUAUGGAAAGGGAGGGGGUCAUUGGCAGGAUUGGAUAGAUGAAAAUAGAGGAGUAGGUUCAACUUGGUGGAGGGAUGUGUGUGGUAUCAACACAAUGGAUGGGGGUAGCAAUGGAUGGCUAAAAGAGGGCUUUAGGGUUAAAGUUGGGGAGAGUAACACUGUUAGCUUCUGGUGGGAUAAAUGGAGGGGAGAGGAGUGUCUUGCUAAUAGGUUUCCAAGACUGUAUCUUUUAUCUACAGAGAAGACGAAGAUGUGCAGUGAAAUGGGAAGUAGAACAAACGGGUUGUGGGAGUGGAAGUUAAAUUGGAGAAGGAAUUUAUUCGAUUGGGAAAAGGAAGAAGCAAUGGAAUUACACAACACGAUUCAAAGCGUGCAGACGUCACAAGGAUGCAUGGAUAGCUGGGAGUGGACCCACAGCAAGGAUGGCCAAUAUUCAACAAAAUCUGCAUAUGCAAUUUUAACAAAAGAAGAGAGGGAAGCAUCGAAAACCACAACCUUCACAAGAAUUUGGAACUCCAUUUUGCCAAGCAAAAUUUUGGCAUUCAACUAGCAAUUACUAUUAGACAGGAUUCCAACUAAAAUGAACCUGCUGUCAAUAGGGAUCAUCAAAGACAGUCAAGAUUGCAAGUGCGGAAUAUGUGGUGAGGAAGAAGAGGACACAAAGCAUCUGUUUCUGAAAUGUAACAUGGUCCGGUGGUUAUGGAUGGCUUGCGCAAAAUGGUGGGGUAUUAAAGUUACAUUGGAAGA